AUGGAUCAGUUCAUCCAUUUGCCGGAAUUUCGAGUGAUUAUUUGCAAGAAGUGCCAGUUUGCAGUAUUGCCUAGUGAGAUCGACGCCCAUUUCACAAGAGAGCCGGUGCAUGGAUUAAGCAAGGAGAGCCGGAAGCGCAUUUUCGAAAAGGUGGCAAAGAUAGAGGGGUUAAUACGAAACAAGUAUAUGUUAGGUCAGGUUGAAUUCAAAUAUCAACACCGAAAUACGGAAGCAAUCCCUGGGUUAGAGGAACCGAAGACCGAUGGGUUGGGUUGCACAUUCGAGAAAGACGGGGAGAAGUGCCCAUUCGUCAGCCGGUUUGAGCAACCCAUACGGGAACAUUAUCGGGAUGUUCACGGUUGGGUUAAUCCACGCAGGAAAGGCCGGCCCAAACGAGAUUCCAAGAAGGAAGUACUGUGGGAGAAGGGGGUUCAUUGCCAGAGGUUUUUCACCCACGGUUUGCAUUCAAAUUUAUUCAGGGUGGAGGACAAGAAGAAGCCCGCACCCAGCCCCGAAGGUCCCGAGGUGAACAGAGAGGUCAAGAAGAAGAUCGAGGUGUCGGACAAAUCCCAGGAGCCCAAUCUGUGGUUGAGGCGGGUCAAAUUUGACGAGAAUUUACGGGGGUUAGACCGGGACAAGUUGAGGGCGUUGAUCGAACCCGUUGAUGCACAAGAGGAGGAAGAGUUGGUAAUAAUCCAUCAGAGUUUCGACAGGGUGAUGGACGAGUGCCAGAAGCAUGUCGUUGAAGAAGUGGUAGGAGAGGCCGCGUUAUUCCGCGUCAAUGCCACAGAGUAUGGAAAGAGAGGCGAAAACCCGUUUUAUAUGGAUUUAAAGGACCGCACCCAUUUGAAGUUGGAUUGGGAGAAGGAGGAGAGGCCACCGUACCGAUUCACGCAAGGUCAGGGGAAGGCAUUCGUUAAGUUGAUGCAGAAGGCCGAGGAUUUCGAAGGGGUGGAGGUGAAGGAGGAGUUGAGCAGGGAGGAACGAGAGCAGAUAGAGGAGUUGGACCGCGCGUGUUUGAGGUUUUGCAUCGAGUUGUUAGACCACCGGUUGGUGGGCAACCCAUAUGACAGCGCAAUCAUCAGCGGUUUGUCCAUUUUGGGCAUUAGGCCGGGAGAGACGUAG